GAGAGAGAGAGAGAGAGAGAGAGAGAGGAGAAAUGGAGGGUGAUGCUGGAGGUGGAGGAGGUACUUCAUCAUGUUUGAUGAGUUUUGGAGACAGCAACAUCAUUAAUACUAGCAGUAAUAGUAAUAAUAACAACGUUGGAGCACUAUGUCUUCCUCCACCUCCUGUUUCAUAUAACAACAACAACAACAACCUAAUUUUCGCCGAUCAAGAUCACCAUCAUCGUCAUCAUCAUCAUAGUACCUGUGGGACUUCGACUUCUGCUAUGAUGCUUGAAAACAGCACCAUUAAUAUCAACGAUGGAGGAGAGUUAGCCUUCAUGAGCUCCUCCUCGUGUUCUUCUGUUAAAGCAAAGAUCAUGUCUCAUCCUCAUUACCCUCGUCUCUUAUCAGCUUAUCUUAACUGUCAAAAGAUAGGAGCACCGCCUGAAGUAGUGGAAAGACUAGAAGAUGCUUGCAGAGCGUCGGUGGUGGCUGCGAUGUCCAGUCGUUCCGGCUCCGCAGGUUGUGAGGCUGGUACCAGUGAUGGCGGUGCUGGCGGUGGUGGUGGAGGAAUGAAUAUGAUGAUCAUCGGACAAGAUCCAGCACUUGAUCAGUUCAUGGAAGCUUACUGUGAGAUGCUCAUUAAAUACGAGCAAGAACUCGCCAAACCCUUCAAAGAAGCCAUGCUUUUUCUCUCAAGAGUUGAAUCCCAGUUCAAGGCCAUCUCCAUUUCUACUUCAGAUUCUGCGGGUGGCGAAGUAGGUAUGGAUAAAAAUGGAUCAUCCGAGGAAGAGGUGGAUGUAAAUAACAAUCUCAUAGAUCCUCAAGCUGAAGAUCAGGAACUGAAGGGUCAGCUGUUACGCAAGUAUAGUGGUUAUUUAGGUAGUCUCAAGCAAGAGUUCAUGAAGAAGAGAAAGAAAGGAAAGUUGCCCAAAGAAGCACGUCAACAAUUACUCGACUGGUGGACUAGGCAUUACAAAUGGCCAUACCCUUCGGAGGCUCAGAAGUUGGCACUGGCUGAGUCAACAGGACUAGACCAGAAGCAGAUAAACAACUGGUUCAUAAACCAAAGAAAGCGACAUUGGAAGCCAUCUGAGGAUAUGCAGUUUGUGGUAAUGGAUGCUGCUCAUCCUCAUCACUAUUUCAUGGAGAACAUCCUCGGGAAUCCUUAUCCCAUGGACGUUUCGUUGCUAUAGGGGCUAUAUAUAUACACGCCCAACGUGGCAUGAAAUCUCAACAAAUGACCGUAUCUAUGUAUGAUUGAGAUUGAACUCGAUGAGGGUUUUGCAAGUUUGUGUGAACCAUAAGGGAUGAAAAGAAGCUCGUUAGCGUUCUCAUGUAUGUUGACCUAUUGGUCUUAAGAGUUGGAUGAUUAUA